AUUAAAACGGCCACCCCCACUGACCGGAUGGGGGCCACUGCAAUGCGAAGCCCACUGGGCCGGCGACACAAAGAAGUGCUGUCCCCUGCCAAGCGUCGCCCCUCGGGCUCGCGGCCCCGCCCAGGAGGAAGCGGUGGGGGGGCGGGGAGGAGACUGGUCGGGAGCCCCUCCCCUCCUCCCCCUCCGGCUCCGCCCAGCUCGCUCGCCCAGAGCUGUUUGCGAGGACGUCGCUUCCCCGCAGAACCAAGGGCCCCUCUGUGCACGCAUCCCUGCUUGCUCCAGCUGCCUCCGUGGAAGCUGCAGGGGCGACCUGAAGCCGGUCCAGCCAUGGCGACUCCAUCUGCUGCCUUCGAGGCCCUUAUGAAUGGAGUGACAAGCUGGGAUGUCCCCGAAGAUGCCAUCCCGUGCGAACUGCUUCUUAUCGGAGAAGCCUCCUUCCCGGUGAUGGUGAACGACAUGGGCCAGGUCCUCAUCGCGGCCUCCUCCUAUGGCCGAGGCCGCCUGGUGGUGGUGUCCCACGAGGACUACUUGGUGGAGGCCCAGCUCACUCCCUUUCUCCUCAACGCAGUGGGUUGGCUUUGCUCUUCCCCCGGGGCUCCUGUGGGUGUGCACCCCUCCCUUGCACCUCUGGCCAAAAUCCUGGAGGGCUCUGGAGUGGAGGCGAAGGUUGAGCCGGAAGUGAAAGACUCCCUGGGAGUUUACUGCAUUGAUGCCUACAAUGAAACCAUGACUGAGAAGUUGGUCAAGUUCGUGAAAUGUGGAGGAGGCUUGCUCAUUGGAGGCCAAGCCUGGGAUUGGGCCAACCAGGGCGAUGAUGAAAGGGUUCUGUUCACGUUCCCGGGGAACCUCGUGACCAGCGUGGCCGGUGUGUACUUCACCGACAACAAAGGGGACACAAGCUUCUUUAAAGUCUCUAAGAAGAUGCCCAAGAUCCCAGUCUUGGUGAGUUGUGAGGAUGAUCUCUCCGAGGACAGAGAUGAGCUCCUGCAUGGGAUUUCCGAGCUGGACAUCACCAAUUCGGACUGUUUCCCAUCCCAGCUGCUGGUGCAUGGGGCUUUAGCCUUUCCCCUGGGGCUAGAUUCCUACCACGGCUGUGUCAUAGCGGCUGCCCGCUAUGGCCGGGGCCGGGUGGUCGUGACCGGCCACAAGGUCCUAUUCACCGUGGGUAAACUGGGCCCGUUCUUGCUCAACGCCGUCCGCUGGCUGGACGCGGGCCGCAGAGGCAAGAUCGUGGUGCAGACGGAACUGAGGACUCUGAGUGGGCUGCUCGCCGUGGGGGGCGUAGACACCAGCAUUGAGCCCAAUCUGACCAGCGACGCCAGUGUCUAUUGCUUUGAGCCCGUGAGUGAUGCAGGAGUCAAGGAGCUGCAGGAGUUUGUAGCCGAGGGCGGGGGCCUGUUUGUCGGAGCCCAGGCCUGGUGGUGGGCCUUCAAGAACCCAGGCGUGUCCCCUUUGGCGCGGUUCCCAGGAAACCUCCUUCUCAACCCCUUUGGUAUUAGCAUCACCAGCCAAAGCCUCAACCCGGGGCCCUUUCGUACUCCCAAGGCGGGGAUAAGGACCUACCACUUCCGCUCCACCCUGGCUGAGUUCCAGGUUAUCAUGGGCAGGAAGAGAGGGAACGUGGAGAAGGGCUGGUUGGCCAAGCUGGGUCCGGACGGCGCAGCUUUUCUGCAAAUCCCUGCCGAGGAGAUCCCCGCCUACAUGUCGGUGCACCGGCUCCUAAGGAAGCUGCUGAGUCGCUAUCGGCUCCCGGUGGCGACCCGUGAAAACCCCGUCAUCAACGACUGCUGCCGGGGUGCCAUGCUCUCCCUGGCCACGGGGCUGGCUCACUCGGGAAGCGACCUCUCUCUGUUAGUCCCCGAAAUUGAAGACAUGUACAGCAGCCCCUAUCUGCGCCCCUUGGAAUCUCCCAUCACCGUGGAGGUCAACUGCAACAACCCGGGCACCAGGUACUGCUGGAUGAGUACCGGGCUCUACAUACCCGGAAGGCAAAUUAUUGAGGUCUCCCUGCCUGAAUCCGCCGCCUCUGCUGACCUGAAGAUACAGAUUGGCUGCCACACCGAUGACCUGACCAGGGCCAGCAAGCUGUUCCGAGGCCCCCUGGUGAUUAACCGCUGCUGCCUGGACAAGCCCACCAAGUCCAUCACCUGCCUGUGGGGGGGCCUCCUGUACAUCAUCGUGCCUCAGAGCAGCAAGCUGGGCACCGUGCCCGUCACGGUUAAGGGAGCUGUGCAUGCUCCCUACUACAAGCUAGGGGAGACAACCCAGGAGGAGUGGAAGCGGCAGAUCCAGGAGAACCCAGGUCCCUGGGGAGAGCUGGCCACAGACAACAUCAUCCUGACGGUGCCGACCGCGAACCUCCGCACGCUGGAGAACCCCGAGCCGCUGCUUCGCCUCUGGGACGAGGUGAUGCAGGCCGUGGCCCGGCUGGGGGCCGAGCCCUUCCCGCUGCGUCUGCCUCAGAGGAUCGUUGCCGACGUGCAGAUCUCAGUUGGCUGGAUGCACGCAGGCUACCCCAUCAUGUGCCACCUGGAGUCGGUGCAGGAGCUCAUCAAUGAGAAACUCAUCAGAACCAAGGGUCUCUGGGGCCCCGUGCACGAGCUGGGCCGCAACCAGCAGCGGCAAGAGUGGGAGUUCCCCCCGCACACCACCGAGGCCACCUGCAACCUGUGGUGUGUCUACGUGCAUGAGACGGUCCUGGGCAUCCCUCGAGGACGAGCCAACAUUGCUCUGUGGCCCCCGGUUCGGGAGAAGAGAGUCCGAAUUUACCUGGGCAAGGGUCCCAAUGUGAAAAACUGGAAUGCCUGGACGGCCCUGGAGACGUACUUACAGCUCCAGGAGGCCUUUGGGUGGGAGCCGUUCAUCCGUCUCUUCACCGAGUACAGGAACCAGACCAACUUGCCCACAGACAACGUCGACAAGAUGAAUCUGUGGGUGAAAAUGUUCUCCCACCAAGUGCAGAAGAAUCUGGCUCCGUUCUUUGAGGCCUGGGCCUGGCCGAUCCAGAAGGAAGUGGCAACCAGCCUGGCCUAUCUGCCUGAAUGGAAGGAAAAUAUAAUGAAAUUGUACCUCCUCACACAGAUGCCCCACUGAAACUGAAGUCAAGAAACAUAAAAGAGAAUUGACUCAUCUCAGCAGAGAAAACUGAAGGAAUUUGGCUGUAAGUGAAGAAGGUCUCAACACAUUCCUGGAAGAGAGAAAGUGGAAGACACAAUAAUGAAAGAGUACAGCUCCUUGCAGGCAGAAUAUAAGCUGAUCUGGACACAUAGCCCCAAAGAGACUUGGGUACCUGAAAAGUCUAUUUACUCAAGAAUUAUGUCAGUUGUGAAAUUGACUGCCCCCCCCCCCCCCAUUCUACCCCAACCUCUGUGCACAGAACACAGGCAACCUACCGUUGGUUUCAAGUCUGUUGCCAUUGUGGUGGUUCUGUUGGUGGUGUUUGUGUAAAGGAAACAAAAGAACUGCUUGAGGAGAGGUAGGAGUCGGUGCUCCAAAGUAAAUUUCUCUUUUAUGGAAAUAAAUGAGCCCCUAGCCUAUUAGCUAAUUUUCUGCUGACAGCCACGAUCCCUACUCAAGUAACCAAAUGCUUUCAAUCACAGUAAGACAUCCUGCAGAAGCAGACAGACCACACAACUGCCGAGGGAGCCCAAGCAACUCUAUAAAACACUGUCAUAUUGAUUCUUCAGUGAAAUGGUCGGCUAGGAAUUCCCAGAUAUUGAGCCCUAGGGGGAGUGGUUGGGGAAGGGACCAGGAAAGCAGCAUGGAUUCAGGAGAUUUGAAAAAUAUAACAAAUUCUGGGGGAAACAGAGUUAACAUGGGAAAAAUGACUUAAGAUAUCUGUAUCUUUGGAGAGAUGUGAGGUGCAUCUGUAAGGUUAAAAACAGGAUGCUACAAAGGAAAAACCUUGAAAAUAAGAACCCUCAAACUGAAAUAAGGCUGCCAAAAAUAUUCAGUAGACAGGCUCUAAGAUAAAAUUGAGGGAAUCUUCUCAGAUGUGGAGCAAAAGGAAAUAAGAAAUAUAAAGAGAGGGAGAAGAAAAGACAUAGACAGUCAGUAUCUAACUAUUAGGAGUGUCUAGAAGAGAGAACAUAGAAAAUGUUGUGAAGAAAAAAACAAUUGAACAGAAAUAACUAAGUCUCCAAAUUGAGAACACCCCCAUACAACCUACAUCUAGACACAAUCUUGUGAAAUUUCGGAAUAUUAAGGAUGGAGCAAAGGUAUUGGAAGUGCCAAGAGAAAAGAUAAAGUUAGGUCAUCAUGAUUAGCUCAACUAAAAAGGGAUGAGAAAUAGAUUGGGAGAUUUUUCACCAGCAACACAAUGAUAUAGGCCAAUAGAGGAAUGUCUUCACAUAUGGAAAAUCUCUGUACCCAAAAUUCCAUAGCAAGCCAAACGAAGGAAAUUUUCUGACAUGCAAGUUUUCAGAACAUCUACCUUCUUUGCACUUGGAAAGGAAGUUCUCUCUCACCUGCUAAGGAAGUUCUGCAGCAAAAUGAAGAUGAAAAUCAGGAAGGAGGAAGAAAUGGAAACCAGAAGACAGUGAACCUCACCCAGGAUGUCUCACUCCAGAGUGACCAUUAUCCAAAGGGAAGACUCAUUCUAGAGUGACCAUCAUCCAACAGGAAGACUCACUCCAGAGUGACCGUCGUGCAACAGGAAGACUCACUCUAGAGUGACCACUAUCCAACAGGAAGACUCACUCCAGAGUGACCGUCGUCCAACAGGAAGACUCACUCCAGAGUGACCGUCGUCCAACAGGAAGACUCACUCCAGAGUGACCACUAUCAAACAGGAAGACUCACUCUAGAGUGACCACUAUCCAAUAGGAAGACUCACUCCAGAGUGACCGUCGUCCAACAGGAAGACUCACUCCAGAGUGACCAUCAUCGAAUAGGAAGACUCACUCUAGAGUGACCACUAUCCAACAGGAAGACUCACUCCAGAGUGACCGUCGUCCAACAGGAAGACUCACUCCAGAGUGACCAUCAUCGAAUAGGAAGACUCACUCUAGAGUGACCACUAUCCAACAGGAAGACUCACUCCAGAGUGACCGUCGUCCAACAGGAAGACUCACUCCAGAGUGACCAUCAUCCGAGAGACCCACUUCAGAUGAGAGUACAUGGUCUCAGACUCUCUGAUUCUGUGCCAUAGACAUUAUCCUUGAGAAGUUGGAAUGUUUGCGAAAUGGAGGAGAUGCAUUCUUUAACAAACACAAAGGAAACAAAACAAAAACAUGUUAAAUUCAAGUCCAAUUAUGAGAUAAUGAUAAAAAUUACUCAUGGACUGUAAGAAGAGACUGGAUUUGUCAUUGGCGGUAGGUAUAUUUCAUUUCAAGUGACAUAGGAAUCAUGACAUUGGAUGUGUUUGGAAGAAAAUAUCCUAGCUUCUACAUUGUUGUUGUUUAGUUGAUAAGUCAUGUCCAACUCUUUGUGACCCCAUGGACUGUAGCCCGCCAAGCUCCUCUGUCCAUGGGAUUUCCCAGGCAAGAAUAUUGGAGUGGGUUUCCAUUUCCUUCUCCAGGGGAUCUUCCCAAUUCUGGGAUCAAAGCCAGGUCUCCUGCAUUGGCAGGCGGAUUCUUUACCGCUGAGCCACCAACUCUCAGUAAACAGUAUUUACAAAGUCAAAAUAAUGUAGAUACUAUUUAUUGGUAUUCAGUGCUCUGAUCAGCCUAUAAACAAAACAUGAGAGGCCUAAUCUUUUAUCCAGAAAUGAAACUGAAAGUAACCUAUCUUAUAAAGGGAAAAAGAAAGCAGAAAGAGUUUGAGAAUUCAUUGAGGGAAGAGUGGUGGAGAGAAGUGUAGAAUUACUUGUCUAUUCAAAAUGGGGGUGGAAAGUCUGCAGUUAAUGGGACAAGGACUAAAGGAUUAGUUACUGUUCAAAAUUAUAAAUUAAACCAAUAGAAGCAUUAAAAGUGACAUCUAUCAAAAAAUUGUGAAAGGAUAGGCAGAUGAAAAGUGGGAAUAGUGUAAGUUAAAUCCUUAUCUUUUGUAAUCGGGAAUUAUUAAAGAUUGUCUAAAGUUAAUCAAGUCAAGAAGUUAUUGUUCAAACAUAUUAUUUAAUGUUAGGAAGUUAGUUAACAGAAUAUCUAAAAAUAGAAAUUGUUAAAUGCAUCACCUCUAGGGUAUGGGACUAGUAUUAAAAGGGUGGAGUGGGAAACUGUGUUUAUCAUUUUAAGUCCUUCUGUACUAUUUAAUUUUUUACC